AUGAUGCAGCCAACUCCAGCACCGUCAUCUGCCCCAAACUCUCCUGGCCACCAGAGUGAACCCCAGCUUGAGAAGCCUAAGUAUAACCCACCACCUCAGAAUGUUGGAAGUGCGCCAUUUGGAAUUCUUGUUGGGCUGUUUGAGAAGCUACAGAACGAACGCAAACAAGACCGGCGACGAAAGUUGAUUGACGCAUGGUUCACUCAUUGGCGACAAGAGAAAGGAUACGAUCUCUACCCUGUGCUUCGUCUUAUUCUUCCCCAGAAAGACAGAGAGCGUGCAGUAUACGGCCUGAAGGAGAAGAAUCUUGCGAAGGCCUACAUUAAGCUGAUUCCUCUUGGGAUGAGAGACCCUGAUGCAAUUCGUCUUCUUAAUUGGAAGAAGCCUACUGAACGGGAGAAAUCCUCUGGAGAUUUUCCAACAGUCUUAUUCGAAGUUGUCAGCAAGCGCUCUUCAGUUAUCGAAGGCUCUCUAAGCAUAGACGACGUGAAUGAUAUCCUGGACGAGCUCUCGAAGGGCAUGGGGAAACAGGAUGUCCAAUCCAAGAUUCUUCAACGGAUAUAUAAUCGCUCAACUGCUGAGGAGCAGCGCUGGAUUGUGCGGAUUGUGUUGAAAGAUAUGGUCAUCUCAGUCAAGGAAACUACGGUGUUCUCGGUGUUUCAUCCCGACGCACAAGAUCUUUACAACACUUGCUCAGACCUGAAGAAGGUUGCUUGGGAGCUCUGGGACCCAUCGUUUCGCCUCAACGCAGAGGAUAAAGCAGUUCAACUAUUCCACGCCUUUGCGCCCAUGUUAUGCAAACGUCCUACAAGGAAAAUCGAAGAGACAGUACGCGAAAUGGGUGGUGCUGAGUUUAUCGUGGAGGAGAAGCUUGAUGGAGAGCGAAUGCAGUUGCACAAACGAGGAAACGAAUAUUUCUAUUGCUCUCGGAAAGGCAAGGAUUACACCUAUCUAUACGGCAAACACGUCGGUGUGGGAAGUCUCACUCCCUAUAUCGACAAGGCCUUCGAUCCUCGGGUCGAUGACAUAAUAUUGGAUGGAGAAAUGUUAGUUUGGGAUCCAGUCUCUGAACGUAACCUCCCCUUUGGCACGUUGAAAACUGCGGCCCUAGAUAAGUCGAAGAAGGAACUUAACCCGAGGCCGUGCUGUAGGGAGAUUGCCUUUCUAUUCCACCUGACCACGAUGGCUGAACCCUCGGAAUUUCUAGUCAAAGUUUUCGACUUGUUGUACCUGAAUGGACAAUCCCUGCUUCAUCGUUCAACACAGUUCCGGAAGAAGAAUAUGCGACAAUGCUUGAAGGAGAUUACAGGUCGCAUUGAAUACGCUGUCGAGUACAGAGGAAAGACGGCCAAAGAUAUCAGGGAACGAAUGGAUGAAGUUAUGGCCAAUAGAGGUGAAGGGCUGGUCAUCAAGCACCCAAUGGCCAAGUACGUUCUUAAUGGCAGAAACCUGGACUGGAUUAAGGUCAAGCCGGAGUAUAUGGACAAUAUGGGCGAGACCGUCGACUUGCUUGUUGUCGCGGGCAACUAUGGCUCUGGGAAGCGUUCAGGAGGCGUCUCGACUCUUAUCUGCGCCGUAUUCGAUGAUCGAAGAACCUACGAAGAUGAUGAAGAUCCCAAAUACAGCAGUUUUGUCCGCAUAGGCACUGGGUUAUCGUUCGCCGACUACGUCUGGAUAAGAGCCAAGCCAUGGAAACCUUGGGACCCUAAACACCCGCCAGAGUUUUUGCAAACGGCAAAACGAGGACAAGAUGACAAGGGCGAUAUCUAUCUGAACCCAGAAGACUCUUUCAUCAUCAAGAUCAAGGCGGCAGAAAUUACACCAUCUGAUCAAUACCAUAUGGGUUAUACGAUGAGGUUCCCUCGCGCACUAUCCAUUCGGGACGAUUUGACUAUCGCCGACUGCAUGCCCGCAUCUGCUGUCUUCGAAAGCUUGCGGACCGAAAGAAAGCGGAAGAUGGAAAGCGACGCUGGAGUCACAAAGAAAAAACGCAAGACCACCGUGAAGAAGGCAAUGGUUCUUCCUCAAUAUCAAGGGCCAUCCAAGAAAGGAAUUACUGUGGAAAGUGACAUUUUCGAAGGCAUGAAGUUUGUUGUCAUGUCGGACCCGAAGUCGAGAACCGGUGAAGAAGACAAGAAAACCAUCACGAAGUCGAUCUACGCAAACGGAGGAACCUGUGCCCAAAUUGCGAACAAUCAGCCCAAUCUCUACGUCAUUUAUGGUGGCUCCAUUACCCCGUAUGAUCUUAAGCUGGUGAUCGAUAAAGGCAAGGUUGAGGUGUUAAAGCCGAGUUGGAUUAUGGAUUCCAUUGAACAGGGUGAGAAAGUGCCCAUGCGAAAGAAGUAUUUCUUCCAUGCUACAGAUGUACGUCUAGCAGAAGAUGACUACGACGAACGGGACGAGGAAGAUGGUGUGGCGUCAGCUGUCGCUGGUCCUUCUGCGAAGGUGGAGGAGGAUGUUUCUAUGAGCUCUACUGAAGACACGGAAAUUACACCCAAAGUGGAAGAAGAGAUGGACCCUUCGCUUGCAGACUGGUUCAAGGUUGCUGGACCAUCAACCGAAAAUGACGUAGACGAAGAUUCAGUAACCGAACCUGAUUCCGACAACGCUGAUAUUGUCGAACCUGAGGAAGAGGUCGAUCUGGAUGACUGGUUCCAGGUCAAAACUGAAGAGGCGUCAACAUCUGAAAAAGCAGCUGGUAAACAACCAGAAAAGGCUGCUGAUGAAGAUAUAAAAAUGGGCGAGACGGAAGACUCCACGGAGUAUGAUCAAGACCUCAUCUUCAGACAUCUUUGUUUCUAUUUGGAUUCGCUGGAGAAUGCUACACAGAAUGGCUUAACUGUCAAAUCCUCCAAGCACGAGAAGGACAUGAACCAAAGUUUGGCACGGCUGUCCAAGCUAAUCACAGACAAUGGCGGGAAGGUGGUUGAUCUUGAUGAGCCUAAACUCACACAUAUUGUCAUCGAUCGACGGGACGACAGUAGGCGUCUCGAGCUGAUGAGGCGUACUUCAAAGCCCAAACGAAGGCAUCUUGUUAUCUCCGACUUCAUCCAGGCCUGUUUGGACGAAGGAACGCUCCUCGAGGAAGGAGAAUUUGCUCCUUAA